AGUUCACAGAUGGUUACGACGCGGUCGAUACGAAAGGCGGGCGAGUUUCUCUCAAAUUCUGUUCGCCGUACGUUUUCUACCAAGAAAUGGGAACACAAGGAACAACUACAUUCUUUGACUGAAACGAAUCGUUUCUUCCUGAAGAAAGUCCGAUGGCAGAUAUCUAUACUUGCUCAUAUAGGAUUUGCAAUUUCAUUUGGUAUCCGAUCAAACUUUGGCGUUGCCAAGAAUCGAAUGACCAAGAAUUUUACGGAUGCCUGGGGAGAAAAUCAUGAACCAGAAUUCAACUGGUCACCGAUAGAAGUGGGAUGGUUGGAGAGCUCGUUUUUCUACGGUUAUGCGAUUUCACAAGUUCCAGCUGGCAUCAUUGCCGCUAAGGUCGCUCCGAAUAAGCUCUUCUGCAUUGGUGUGUUUAUCGCCAGUGUUUUGAACCUGCUCAUUUCGUUUUCUUUCCAAUAUCAUCCUCUCACUGAUGUGGCGGUCAUGGUUAUGAUGGGUAUUCAAGGAUUGGCUUUGGGUGUGAUCUACCCUGCUAUGCACGGUGUCUGGCGCUACUGGGCUCCACCUCUGGAACGCUCAAAACUGGCGACAACCACAUUCUGUGGGAGUUAUGUCGGUGUCAUGAUCGGGCUCCCGCUUAACGGCUUUUUGAUCUAUUUCUCUUGGUCGACACCAUUUUAUGCAUUCGGAAUCGCUGGAGUACUAUGGUCGAUUUUAUGGUGCAUGGUUUCUGCGCGAUCGCCAGCUGAACAUCAUUACAUCACUGAAGAAGAACGAACUUAUAUCACGGAAAAAGUUGGAAAAGUUGCCACUGGAAACAUGACGCUCACGACGUUACCAUGGAAAUCCAUAAUGUUUUCGCUACCUGUUUGGGCAAUCAUCGUCUGUAACUUCUGUCGAUCAUGGACAUUUUUCUAUCUUAUGAAUAAUCAACUUACAUACAUGAAGGAUGUGCUUCAUCUGGAAAUUAAACACGGUGGAUUGAUUUCUGCUUUGCCACAACUUACGAUGACGAUUGUGGUGCUAUCAUCGGGUCAAAUGGCAGAUUGGCUGAGAGCAACUGGUAAAAUGAAUACAGGCCCAGUUAGGAAGAUGUUCAAUACGUUAGGAUUCGGAGGAGAAGCCAUCUUCCUCGCCUUGCUCGCAUUCAUCCACGACCCGACUCUUGCCGUCACCUGCUUAGUCAUCGCAGCGGCACUUAGCGGAAUGAGCAUAGCAGGCUUCAAUGUCAACCACUUCGACAUUGCUCCUCGUUAUGCCUCCAUUCUUAUGGGGCUAUCAAACGGUAUUGGCGCAUUGGCUGGUAUGCAAAGCUACAUCACCCAACAUCUUACAGCUAAUGAUCCAAGCGGCUGGAAAUAUUGUUUCCUUCUUGCAAUGUGCAUCGACAUUUUCGGCAUUGCAUUCUUUUUGAUCUUUGGUAAAGGAGAAAUUCAGGACUGGGCAAAAGAGCCAGAACCUGAGGAGACCAUGGGCGAAUUUGUCAGGCGAAUUUCAACGUUGGUGCGUAACAUGUCGUCAAGAAGGAGGGCAAAAGGCAAGGAAACAGAUAUAAAUUAUGCAAGAAUGGAGGAAGAGCGCAAUAACUCCUCUGAGAUGAAGCCUCAGAAACAGCUAACAGACAACGACGAAAAGGAUCCGCCGAAGAUAGAUACUAGUGAAAUUAGUAAAAUACCUGACAGGCCCGAAGUCUAAUACAUUUGGGCUAUAUUGGACAUUUUCCAGCAUAGCAUCUGCCUGUGGCAGAUAACUGCGGAAAACAAUCAGAGUCGAUAUAAAAUGGUGUUAUAAAUCUUCAGCUGUAAUAACAGCUAAGCUGUGUGACGUGUGCGUGCGUCGACUCGUAUGAGCAGAUUAAUAAUCGUACCCGCGGCGAAAAAUGUGCUUAUGAGCAUCGACUCAAAGGCGUCGCACGCGCCGCAUAGCCCGCAUCGUAGCUGUUGUUACGACUUCGAUAUCAAACAUGAUUCUGUCUGCACAUUUAUUUUCUCAUCAUAUGAACCGGGUACUGUUAUUCCCAAUUCUUUCCAAAAUAGUCUGCUCUGGCUAUGCUCCUUCACUUUUGUACAGAUAUGAUAUUAGUUUUUUUUCUUAAUUUUUUGACAUGAGUGCGAUUUGCCGAUCCGACACCAGUUCGUUUACGAACUGAAGCAUUUUUGAUGUAUACAUCAAUUUUGUACCGUUUUCAUCCUUUUUGUUAGGAGACGGUGUGUCGUUACAAUGUUCAUCAUUGUUGUUAAUAUGUUAAUAUGUACUUGAUGUUUUAUUUCUAGAGACUAAGAAAGAGCUUAUUUUGUGCAUAUUAGCGUUGUCAA